AUGGCUGAAAACAGAAUAAGCCGACAUUCAAGCGUUUGCAUUUCUUCAGCUGCAGACUCUGGUGAUAUCAACAAUGUGAUAAAUGAAAGACUGUUAUCUAAUAAUAGGAACAACAGAUCAACGGAUCGUAAUCCGUCUUUCGCCACUGCAAGAACAAAUCAAGGGAUGUACACACAUGAUUCUGAUACGGAUGAAGAUUAUGAGGCUGACCAAAGGAACAUUCAGCACUAUUACAACAACUCCAAUCGGUUGGUACAAUUUCAUGCACAUGAAACUUCUCGGGCUGACUCUGGAAUCGAGAUAUGGAGGAGUGAAGGACAGCAAGUAUAUGAUCGCAUUAGCAUACCAGAAUUUGCUUUGGACAGCAGCUUUUUCGACUUUUUGUAUGCGAUGUAUGAAAAUGAAAAGCCAUCCAGGUCAUCUCGGACCGUAAAUCGGGACUUGCCUGUUAGUGCAGACUAUGACAACCAGAGAUACACGCUAGUUUGUGAGUGUGAGUAUCCUUUCACGGAAGAGUCAACAGACGAUGAGGCCGCAGAUAACAGAAUGAUGGAAGAAAAUGAACUUGCACAUAAGGUCGAAGAUGAUUUCCCAGCAGACUCACAGAAACCCAAUCUGAUGACUUUGCAAGAAACCGAAAAUAUCGAUACCCAAACCGAUGCUCAUAAUACUUCAUCCAAAACACACGAUGAUUGGACACAUAGACAGUCCUCUGCCAUUCACGAUAUGAUGUCUGUGAUAACCAACUAUCAGAGAAGAAGAAGGAUUCUCGAGAAGACCAGCAUACGGCGUGGAGGCAGAAUAGAUACUCGACUUACCAGUGGAUUUAACCGGCGGAAAACCGAAUUUAUGGACAGCCAGGGGCUGAUAUGGGAAAAUAGACAGCAGAGAGCAAGAGUUAUCAGAAGUAGAAUGCACACCUUUGGCAGCUAUACUCACGUUUACGAUUCGGUUGCCAGUGCUAUGGCUGAUGUGGACUGCUACUUAAAUCCCGGCAAAUCCAACAACACUAUCUUAGCAUACAGAGGAUUUUACACAAAGCCGGAUUUGAAACUUGUACAUUUCCAGCUUCGGAAUGUCAUGACCAGCUUUAACGAGCGCUCGAUAUUCUACGCAUCAAGCAAUCCGACAGAUGACUCUGCAUUUCUGUCGAAACUAGAUGUUACCACUGGCCAGGUGGCUCCGGUGUGGGUUAACAAGGAUGACCCCUGGAACUCGUUCAAAAUAUCGACUUUGACUUCAAAGCAGAACAGUUAUCUAGCGGCUGGCUCGUUUGACGGUUCAAUCAUAACAUACGUCCCGGGAACAGACCAAACUUCCAAAUUUCAGAUAUCACAGGGUCGAAAUUGCAUCAUAAACUAUAUCUGUGUCUCUGUGGGCCAGACCGAGGGUACAGAAUUGGCAAUUGCAUCAAAUGAUAAGAAGGUGUGCUUGUUUGAUCUACAAUCCUGGGAAAAGACCAGAGAUAUGAGCUUCAGCUAUCCAAUGAACUGCGUAGCACAGAAUCCGAGAAAUCCAAAUAUGCUUUUAUUGGCGGGUGACUCGACAGAGGCCUUAGUGAUAGAUAAACGAGCGCCAAGCGAAAAUUCAGGGCUCAGGCUUCUGAACCACAAGGACUACUCAUUUGCAUGUGACUGGGGUUCGGAUAACUUGCUUGCAACGGGAAACCAGGACAGUACUGUGCGUAUUUAUGAUGAUCGUAACACAUCAAAGCCACUACAUACCAUAAGUGGCUACUAUCAUGGAGCUGUGCGAAAUCUAAAGUUUUCCGGUUCGGGAGACAGUACAUGCAGAUAUUUAGCAUUUGCCGAGUCAAUCGAUAACGCUUACGUUGUGGAUUUGGCAUCCGGAUUCAAAUCGGAAGGUGGUUCACCGAGAUAUCAGCAUUUGAGCUUUUUUGGAAAGGUUGCCGGGUUAGAUUUCAAUUUGACAGACGGUGGGUUUAACGAGGAUCUCAGUGUGGCGGUGGCAGAUGGCUGCCUGGGGGGAAUAUAUCGGUACAAAUUGGAUGGCUUUAAUUACGAAGGUGGGAUGUCGGAGAUGACAUGGAUAUGA